CAUGCCAGAACCCCGGCGUCCAGCGUCUAACUCGGAGCACGUCUCCGGAUCGUGUCGUCGCCAUUAUGGACUACGGCUGACUUCUUCUGUCUCUUUUCCUCUUUGCUAUCCCUCCUGUGUGCUGUGCCCUGCAAUCAAACCUCUUAAUGCCGCAGCUAGCUUGCGGAUCCCCGACGGUCGACUCACGUUGGACUCACGUACGGAAGCCUCGAGUCUUGAGGCAAACGCUUUCAAGGUUCAUUUGUGAAUAUGAUUGAUCAUGUCCUGGGCAGACCCUCUGUCCAGUUCCGCAAGAUACAAGUGCUUGCCGUAGUAUCCUUUUGGUCCUUCUACCUCUACAGAGGUGACCGCCAUGGCCCACCCAUUAUCCGUCGCAUAUCCGCUCUCCUCUCCAAGAAACUCACCACUUGGCAAUCGCUCGUCAUAACCCUCCUCUACCUCUAUGCCGCCCGAAACUUUGGCAAGCUCAUCGGCCUCGAAUGCCCCGAGCCCCUCUCAAACCUCUACUCGCGCUCCUACUUUCGCGCAACAUGGGUUACGACAGCGCUAGACGCGGGCUUCUGGUCUGCUAUGCACAUACGCCGCAAAGGACUGCGGGAUUUCUGUUCGCUGGUGUUUAGCAUCUACUAUAUGAUAUGCGCGGAACAGGCGGAUGAGAAAGCUAGGAAGAUCCGAGGCACAUUGACCGUGGACCAUCUGCGCGUUAGCUGGAACAAGGGCACGACGCCAUAUUUAGCGGCUUUGACGACAUUGAUGAGGCCACGACUGAUGGUUUACCCACCGCGCAAGAUUAGGAUACCAAGGCCAAAGGAGAGCUCUUAUAAGGAGCCGGUGCAGGGAUGGUUGUAUUUUAAUGGCCCGCUCUCGGCCUUGAAGAAGCAUGACAAGGUUGUGUUGGAUAUCCCAGGAGGGGGUUUCGUGGCCAUGGAUCCGAGGAACCACGAUGACAAGCUUAUGGGGUGGGCUGGGAAGUCAGGGCUCCCAGUUUUAAGCCUCGACUAUAAGAAGGCACCCGAGUUUCCGUAUCCGUAUGCAUUGAACGAGUGCUACGACGUCUACCAUACGAUCGUGGCGACGCGGGGUCGAUGUAUGGGGCUCUCGGGGGAACUGGAACCUAAAAUUGUUGUCUCGGGGGAUUCUGCCGGGGGAAAUCUCGCAGUCGGCAUGGUCCUGAUGAUUCUUCAAUCCGGGUCGACAGAAACACGGCAGUGGCAGGGUGAACGCGAGCUUCCACCUCCAGUCGGUGUUAUUCUAAUCUAUCCUGCGUUGGAUAUGAACAUCGGGAACUGGAUGACGGAUGAACAAAUGGCGUUGAUUCGCGACCGAAGAGUGCGUAAGACCAACCGCCUAAUUCUACGGCGGAAGAGUGAUGAUUACCGCCAUCUUGCCCCAAAUACACCCGGUGUAUCUGAUGACGAGAGCGAUGAAGACCGCCCGACUGCGCUCCCGAAUCCUGGUUCUCCGGCGCCAACGCCUACAAGCUCGAAAGUCCUACUCAGAUCCCCUCAAACGAUGAUCCGACUCUCAGCUGCUCAUACUGGCAUAGACAGUCAGUCGGGCUUGUCUCCGGCGAACACUAACCUUAAGCGAUCAACCACAGACGCUACGGUCCAAAAACCAGACCCUUCAACGCCAGGAAUUACUCCUAUCCCAAAAAACCUAGGAACAGGCACGCAGCCCCUAACCCCGGCGCCCCCGGCUCAUGCUCUCAGAACUCGCCUGGCAAUGUCGAGUAUGAUAUCCUACUUCAACGAUCGCAUUCUCACCCCCGAAAUGAUGCGCGCCAUGAUCAUCCUCUACAUUGGCCCACAUAACCGCCCGGAUUUCAGUACCGACUUCCUUCUCUCGCCUCUCCUCGCCCCGGAAUCCCUUCUCGCAAAGUUUCCACGGACAUGGAUGCUUACAGGUGAGCGUGAUCCCCUCGUUGACGACACUGCCAUUUUCGCCGGACGAUUAAGACAAGCGAAACGGGCAGAGUGGAUUUUUGGUAAAGAGAUGGGGCUAUAUUGGGCGCGCGGCGACUUCCAAGAAGAAGAUUGGGUGAACGUCGACCUCAUACCAGGUAUCAGUCAUGGCUUCCUGCAAUUCGUAAGUGUGUUUCCUGAGGGUUGGAAAUACAUCCUGCGUUGCAGUAAAUGGAUGACCGAAGCCUUUGAAUGGGCGGAGCGGUCAGAGGAGUUCCGCCAAGAGGCGAUGAAUGGUACUCUGGACACAUCGACGACGGGGGGACCCAUUAGACAUAGAACAGCGCGGGAGGGUAGUGAUUAUUUUGGCUCCGGUGCAACGCUAGGCCUCGCCGAAGCCGUCAACGACCUGAGCAAUGGCCGGCGACGACAUCACAAGCGUUCCGAAACCGCAUCCUCUGCAGAAGAAGACCGGCCUCUUGAAAUGACAGUCGUCCGCAACUCUGGCGUUUCCAGAGGGAAGGGAAAACCAUUGUCGCCGACACUCGACGCCACGUUCUUCCCAAAGGUCGCCCAACGUCCCACGCCGAAUGGGAAUGGCGGGCUGAACGGAAGGGGGAAGGGGAAGGGAAAGCGAGGCAGUAAGGACGGUAGAAGGAAGAGCCUUGUCAGUUUGGCGAGUGAAGAUGAUUUGUUAGGACGGAGGAUGAAGGGGUUAGCGGGGGGGUUGAUGGGGGUAGGGAGGGUGGAGGAGAAUGGGUUGUAG